CACAAAACCAAAAACCUUCGUCCUCUCUGCUUAUAAACCUAAAAAUCCCACCUUUUUUUAAUUUAUUUCUUCGUUCCCUUAAACCUUUCUCCAAUGUCGAAGCUCUACUACCCCAUGUUUCUUCCCCCCCUUAUUGCCUCUCUCAUCUUCUUCAACUUCGCUGCAUCCAGCAAUUCCAUCCACGAACUCCUCCGCCAGCACGGCCUUCCUGCUGGCGUUAUCCCGAAGAAUAUCAACUCGUUCUUUCUCGAUCCCACCACAGGCCUUCUAGAGGUGCGACUCGACCAACCCUGUUACACUAAGUAUGACAGCCCGGCGUUCUUCGACAGCGUGGUGCGUGGCAAUCUUAGCUACGGCGCUCUGCGCGGUGUGGUGGGGCUGAAGCAAGAGGAGCUCUUCUUAUGGCUUCCCGUGCGGGGGAUCGUUGUCACCGAUCCCUUCUCAGGCGUCAUUCUCUUUGAUAUCGGACUUGCGCAUAAGCGACUUUCGAUGUCUUUGUUUGAGGUUCCGCCGGAAUGCUUGCCGGAGAGAAUCACGGCGGGAGACCGACCAGUAACUGAGGGGCUUCUUGAUAGAAAAGAAAGAUUGCAGGAUCAGAAAUAAAUACAGGAAAGCUGCUGCUGAGCUCUCUGACUCUCUUUUUGGAUCACUCUCUCGUGCUUCUGCAUUUGCUUUUGGUCUACCUUUCUCUUCUCAGUUGAUUCUGGUCUGUUGUAAAUGGAAGUUGCUCGUGUGUGAAUUCUAUCUUUCCUUCUAC